AUGCAUGAUCCUGUCGAAAGGACAGUAACACUGACUGAUUUCUGCAGAACUCAACCCAAGAACACAAUGAUGAUCAGAGUGGUUCUAGCUGUGAUGUUUCCGGUAGCAGUGUAUGCGUCCACUCUGCCGACCGACUGCAGUGACGUUUACAAAUCGGGUUCCGGCCACGACGGAGUGUACACCGUCUACCCGGCAGGUCCCACCUCCCCCGUUCAGGUUUACUGUGACAUGGGCCGCGACAAUAUUGACGAGUCUGCAGAAAAGUGGACGGUCAUCCAAAGGAGACAAGAUGGCACAGUUAACUUCUACAAAAAGUGGGAGCAUUACAGAAAUGGAUUUGGCAGUGCGGCGGGAGAAUACUGGCUCGGCCUUGAGACGAUGCACCUGAUGACUCGGUCAAAAUCAUACGAGCUGAUGGUCGACAUGGAGGACUUCGAGGGUCAGAAAGUCUUUGCCCUUUACUCCUCUUUCGCUGUGGGCCCAGAGUCAGAGGGAUACCGGCUAAAGCUGGGGACCUUCGUCAAGGGAGCGGCAGGAGACUCUCUAAGCGUUCACAACGGACAGAAGUUCACCACGCACGACAGAGAUCAAGACACCCACGGCUCAAACUGCGCGCGGCUGUACUACGGCGCGUUCUGGUACGCGGCGUGCUUCGCCGCCAACCCCAACGGGGUGUACAGCUGGGGGUCGUCGCAACGCGUAACUGGUGUCCAGUGGAAGACCUUCAAAGGGCUCGAAUACUCCCUGAAAUCCAUCACAAUGAAGAUCAGACCCACCUCUGUGACGCAAGCCCUUUAGCCAUCUGACUUUAUUAUCCUUUUACUAUCCCACUAUUAUCCUAAAUGCUCACUUUGGUUCAUUUUGACUGAACACUUGGAGAGUGU